AAAAUGCCCGAACUCAAAACACUUCUUUUUCCAAGAUGGCGUCGAUGAAGGACAGCGACACUGGCCUGUGGCUUCACAACAAACUGGGCUCUACGGACGAGCUGUGGACGCCGCCGAGCAUCGCGUCGCUCCUCACCGUGUCCGUCAUCGACAACAUUCGCCUUUGCUUCUCGACUUUGUCGCCGCCCGUCAAGCUCAAGUUGCUCCUCGGGAUGCUGCAUCUCCCCCGGCGGACCGUGGACGAGAUGAAGGAGGCUCUCUCCGAGAUAAUCCAGCUGGCCACGGUGGACUCUGAGCCGUGGGUGCUGAUGGUCGCAGACAUUCUCAAGUCCUUCCCGGAGACAGGCUCCCUCAAUCUGGAUUUGGAGGAACAGAAUCCAAACGUGCAAGACAUCCUUGGCGAGCUCAGGGAGAAAGUUGCGGAGUGCGAGGCGUCCGCCAUGCUUCCCUUGGAAUGCCAGUACCUGAACAAGAGCGCGCUGACCACGCUGGUAGGACCCCUCACGCCCCCCGUGAAACAUUUCCAGCUGAAGAGGAAGCCCAAGAGCGCCACCCUCCGAGCCGAGCUGUUGCAGAAAUCCACAGAGACGGCACAGCAGCUGAAGAAGACUGCCGGGGUGCCUUUCCAUGCCAAAGGGAGAGGCUUGGUCAAAAAGAUUGACACUACCACCCCUCUCAAGGGGAUUCCCAAGGCCCCAUUUCGCAGCCCCACGGCUCCGAGCAUGUUCAGCCCCCCCAGCAACCGAGCGGCCAUCGCACCAGUGCGCACGCCCCUGCGCAAGGAGCGCGGGGUCAAGCUGCUGGACAUCAAAGAGCUCAACAUGGUGGGAGCCGGAAGGGAAGCCAAAAGGCGUCGGAAAACUUUGGACGCGGAAGCAGAAGAGAAAGCGGCCAAAGAAGAAGCGGUGGUGGAGAACACGACACCCGAUUAUGCCGCGGGCCUCGUCUCCGCACAGAAACUCGGGGCGCUGAACGAGAACCCGCUGCCGUCGACCAGCUACCUUCCGGCCACGCCCAGCAUGGUUCCUUCCUCCUCCUACAUUCCCAGCUCCGAGGCUCAGCCAGCGAACGCGGCCGGGUCCGGCUGGGACGCGCUGCAGUCGGCUCGACAGGCCGAGGAGCCGGUGGCGGCGGGCGCAGGCGCCCCCGCCGCCGCGCUCCCGGCCCAGUACAAGCAGAGGACACCCAUGUACAAUGCCGGCACGGCGGCCAACCCGGCCACCCCCGCCUCUCCCAGCACACCGGCCUCCACGCCGGCCAGCAACGGGCCGGCGGCGGCCGCCACCGCCGGCCAACCCGAGACGCCCGCUCAGCACCCAGCCGCGCCUCAGACGCCCACGCCUCCGCAACCUCAGCCCAAGAAGAAUCUCUCGCUGACGAGGGACCAGAUGUAUGCAGCUCAGGAGAUGUUCAAGACGGCCAACAAGGUGACCAGACCAGAGAAGGCCCUUAUCUUGGGAUUCAUGGCGGGAUCCAGAGAGAACCCAUGCCCGGAGCAGGGGGACGUCAUCCAGAUCAAGCUGAGCGAGCACACCGAGGUGUUGCCCAAAGCGGACGGCACGGGCAGCACCACCAUGCUGGUGGACACCGUUUUCGAAAUGAACUAUUCCACGGGUCAAUGGACCCGACUGAAAAAGUACAAGCCCAUCACCAACACCUCCUGAGAGGUACCACAGGUGGACUCCACUCGAUCACAUUCACAAGUUGCCGUUUGGGCCGAAACGAGCACCCGGGGAGAGAAGGUCGUUCCUCCUGCGCACGUGCAGAAUAUAGUUUCAUUCGUUUGGCCUUCUCAUUUAGUUUUGGUCACAGCGGGA